AUCUCGCAAUAGAUUGUUUACUUUCUAUCCAAGGUUUGGGCUCUCCCAACAUCAGGUAGAAAAUAAACCAAACAUACCAAACCUUCCCAAGUGGCGAAGUUUGAAGCUAACGUAACAAACCUAGAUACCCACUUUCGGGCACCAUGGCAGAAGGAGCCAGGCUCGAACGGUUCCUCCAGUGGCUACAGGCGAAUGGGGUUCAACUACAAGGUUGCGACAUCAAGUAUUGUGAUUCCCGAAAAGGGUUUGGCAUCUUUUCAACUAAAGAUGUUUCUGAUGGGGUUCUAUUGGUUGUUCCGCUAGAUUUAGCAAUAACUCCAAUGAGAGUGUUGCAAGAUCCUCUUCUUGGCCCAGAAUGCAGGGCAAUGUUUGAAGAUGGAGAAGUAGAUGACAGAUUCUUGAUGAUUUUAUUCCUGACUGUGGAACGCUUGCGUCAUAAUUCUUCAUGGAAGCCGUACCUUGAUAUGCUUCCAGCGAAUUUUGGAAAUCCACUUUGGUUUAGUGAUGACGAUCUUCAAGAGCUGAGGGGAACAACUUUGUUCCGUGCUACUGAAUUGCAGAAGAAAAACCUGCUGUCAUUGUACGAUACCAAAGUAAAGGCUUUGGUGAAGAAGAUCUUGACCCUUAAUGGGGAUUCAGAGACUGAGGUGUGCUUUGAAGAUUUCCUUUGGGCAAAUUCAGUAUUCUGGAGUCGUGCUUUGAACAUCCCUUUUCCUCAUUCUUUUGUAUUUCCAAAAAUGCAAGCACCUGAGAGUUUCAUUUCAGUCAAUGGACGUGUCAAGACUUUACUUAAUGGUGAAUAUGUUUUCUCAGGAAGCCAGGUUAAAAAAUCUGAUGAUGAAGUUGAUGAGAUGGCAUGUAACACCAUGCGAGGAGACCCAGUUUGGGUGGAGGGUCUUGUCCCAGGCAUUGACUUUUGCAACCAUGAUCUGAAGCCAAUAGCUACUUGGGAAGUUGACGGAAUUGGAUCAAUCACUCAUGUUCCUUCUUCCAUGUACCUUCUCUCUGCUGCACAAAAUCCCUUGGAGAUUGGUCGAGAAAUUACCAUUAGUUAUGGCAACAAAGGAAAUGAGGAACUUCUCUAUCUGUAUGGUUUCGUCAUCAAUGAUAACCCAGAUGACUAUCUCAUGGUCCACUAUCCAGCAGAAGCAAUUGGUUCUAUAUCUUGCUCAGAAUCCAAAAGUCAGCUUCUUGAAGCACAGAAGGCUGAGAUGAGAUGUCUUUUACCCAAGACUUUGCUGGAUCAUGGGUUUUUUCCAGUAGGCACCAGAAAAGGUGGGGAAAAUGACGAGUGCAAGGUGGACCAAGUUUGCAAUUAUAGUUGGAGUGGUCAACGGAGGACACCAUCUUAUGCAAAGAAGCUGGUUUUUCCUGAGAAGUUUAUUACAGCCUUGAGGACCAUUGCCAUGCAGGAGGAUGAGAUCUUUAAAGUUUCCUUGCUGCUGGAAGAGGAUGAUAGAAGUUCAUUAUUGGUAUAUAAAAGAUGGAAGAAGGAUUUAAGUCAAAAUACAGCAUUGAAGUUAGUCGAUAAGGGAGUUAUUCAUGCUGAAUAACUACUUCUUAUGUGCUGUCAGGAUUUUAAUAUUGCGGUUCAUGUUUCUUAUCUUAAGAAUGCUGAGUUGUCAAGUUUUAGGAUGUCAGUUUGUGUGUGCUGUCAAGUUACGGUUGUAACUGCCACUUCAUGGUGUUAUUUAAUUGUAAGUUAAUUGAGGAAUGUAUAAGGAUGAUUUCUGACUCUUUGUUUGGAGAUUCUCCCUCUUGGCUUUGUCUAAUUUGAACAAGAUCCUUGUCCAGAUUUAGAUAAAGAUUAACUUUCCUAUUUUGUCAUCAAGACUUAACACAGGACCAUAUCUGUGGGAAUAUUAUGUCAUUAUUGUGAAUAAUUAGCAUUUAUUAGGAUCAUUAAUUAGGCUUUAUUAGUAUUUAUUAGCUUUUAUCUCUCUUGAUGUAUAUAUAUAGGACCAGUUUGUACAUUAGAAAAGGUAUGAGAUAAUAUAAUUUUUCCUCUCUGAAAAUUCCACAUGGUAUUAGAGCAUUAGGCUCAAAAUAUCAAAUUAAAUUAGUUUUGGAAUGGUUAGAAUGAGGCCGCCUGAACAGUAUGUGACGGUGUUUGUGUGGAUAAUGGUGGAGUGAGUUUUGAAUCUCACCGCCACCCUAGACAUACUCAAGAGGCUCCGAACGGCAAAACCCAGGACGGCGAUGGCGAAGGGCGGCUCCGUUAAGGAUGCAAUCUUCUCAGACAGCAACGACGCACUCUCUCCGGCCAGAUCCAGCACAAUCCAGUGUAUGGGCACAUCAUCUUCGAGCCAUAUCAGGUCGUAUGGUGUUGUUAGUGCCCUGUUUUGUUGGGUUUGGAGUUAUAUUGGGUUGUGGCUUCUAUUUUCAACAACAACAACAACAAGCCUUUAUCCCACUAGGUGGGGUCGGCUACAUGGAUUGCAAGACGCCAUUGUGCUCUAUCAUUUAUUAAGCUUUUAGAAAUAUUAUUAAUUAAGAGAUCACGUUCAACAACUUCCAAGAGUGUUCUCUUAGGCCUUCCUCUAACUCUCUUAAUCGGACUCAAAGUUAUAUGUUCCACUCUUCUCACUGGUGCCUCCCUUGGUCUUCUUUGUACAUGCCCAAACCAUCUCAACCGAUUUUCUACCAUUUUUUCCUCAAUAGGUGCCACCCUCACUUUUUCACGUAUGUGCUCAUUUCGAAUUUUAUCUUUACGUGUAUGUCCGCACAUCCAUCGUAACAUUCUCAUCUCUGCUACUCCAACUUUAUGCUCUUGCUGUCCCGUUAGAGCCCAGCAUUCACUACUAUAUAACAUUGCCGGUCUGAUAGCAGUACGAUAAAACUUUCCUUU